CCAUAGCCUGGUGCUGCUACUUGAACACACACAUAAACUGUGUGUACAAACAGCAAAAAGGAUGGCAGUUUUACUUGGUAAUUACACCAUACCUUUACUUGGAGUCAGCAUCUUCAUUGCUGCUCUGACCUACAUCACCUACAAUCUGCUCAGCAGUUACCUGCACAAAUGGUUUGAGAUGAAGCCUAUUCCUGAGGCGGAGAGAACUUACCCUUUCGUUGGAAAUGCACUGCAGUUCAAAACCAGUGCAGGAGAGUUCUUCCGACAAAUUGAAGAGUAUACCCGCAAGUUCUCUCAUGCACCGCUACUUAAACUCUGGGUUGGACCAGUGCCAUUUGUCGCCCUGUUUCAUGCUGAAACUGUUGAGACAGUUCUGACUAAUCCUGUUCACAUGGACAAAUCUUAUGCAUAUGACUUCCUCCACCCUUGGCUUGGGACUGGCCUUCUCACCAGUACUGGGGCAAAGUGGCGUCAGCGGCGGAAGAUGUUGACUCCCACCUUCCACUUCUCCAUCCUGACAGACUUCUUGGAGGUGAUGAAUGAACAGGCCGAGAUCCUGGUGGAGAAGUUGGAGAAACAGGCCGGGAAGGGCCCAUUCAACUGCUUCAGUCACAUCACCCUCUGUGCUCUGGACAUUAUAUGUGAAACUGCAAUGGGAAAGAAAAUUUAUGCCCAGAGUAACUCUGAUUCCGAAUAUGUUAAAUGUGUGUACAAAAUGAGUGACAUUGUCAGCCGGAGACAGAGGACACCUUGGUUUUGGCCUGACUUAGUGUACUACUACUUUGGUGAGGGUCGGGAGCAUGACAGGACACUCAAGAUUCUACACUCCUUUACAUACAAUGUGAUACAUGAAAGAGCUGAGAAUAUUUCCAACGUAGAAUCAGACACUGACUCUGACCAGGGCACAAGAAAAAGACGAGCAUUUUUGGACAUGCUCUUAAAGACUACAGAUGAAAACGGAAACAAGAUGAGCCAUCAGGACAUUCAGGAGGAAGUGGACACUUUUAUGUUUAGGGGUCAUGAUACUACAGCUGCCUCUAUGAACUGGGCGCUACAUCUGCUGGGCUCCCACCCUGAGGUGCACAGAAAAGUUCAACAAGAGCUUCAGGAGGUGUUCGGUACCUCUGACCGACCCAUUAACACAGAUGACCUUAAGAAGCUCAAGUACCUUGAGUGUGUGAUCAAGGAGGCCCUGCGACUGUUUCCCUCUGUGCCUUUCUUUGCCCGCAGCAUCUGUGAAGACUGCCGUAUCAAUGGUUUCAAGGUUCCCAAAGGUGCCAAUGCAAUCAUCAUCACGUACGCUCUUCACCGUGACGAGAGGUAUUUCCCCGAACCUGAGGAGUUCCGGCCUGAACGGUUUCUACCCGAGAAUUCAGUGGGACGGCCUCCAUAUGCAUACAUCCCCUUCUCCGCUGGCCUCCGCAACUGUAUAGGUCAGCGUUUUGCACUAAUGGAAGAAAAAGUGGUCUUGGCGUACAUUAUGCGUAACUUCAAUGUUGAAGCUUGUCAGACACGAGAAGAGCUGCGGCCAGUAGGGGAGCUCAUUCUCCGACCAGAGAAGGGCAUCUGGAUCAAACUGGAAAAGAGGACUCCGCAGACCUCAACAAACUAAGACCUGCUCCAGUACACCGAGGCCUUUCUCUAAGUUUAUGUUCCUUUGUGGUCUUUAUUUACAGGCCAUCCUCCCAGACUAAGGGCUUUCUAAAUACCCUCCAAGAGAUCAGGGAGAGUAGUAACCUUAACUUUUUCUUGUUUUUCUCAUCAUCAUAGUUGUCAUUGUCACAAAAACUAAGCCUAUAUGCACUAUUCUAGCUCUGUGUACCAAUAACUAAAAAUAACAGUGUCUGUGAAUCAACUGAAAAACAUAGAAUUUGCAGAGUAAGAAUUAAUCACUUUGAGAAAAUGAACUGGUCGUUUUGAAACACAUUAUUGGUUAUCAGCUGGAUGAAUCAGAUAAAUGGAGCUGCUGCACUGGAAUCAGUCACUGCCAUAUAUUUUCUAGGUCAAAUGCUUUGUGAUAAAAAGAAAAUGUUCAUAAAAACCAUUCAUUUACAAUCUACAAACUCUUGACUUUGAGAUUAUAACGAUUUUAUGACUUUUUUUAGUGGCAUUGCUAUUUUUUUUUUGUCAGUAUCUGCAAGGCACCAGAUCACUUGGAACUGAUUCAUUAUUUUUCAUGAAUUAAACAUUAUUGAGUUUUAUUUUUACAUUAUGUUUGCAUGUUAUAUAUACUGUAUGCUUGAGACUUCAGACACAUUUAGUGGUAUUAGCUUGUAAGGAAAUGUCUGAGCUCUCAGAGAUGUAGAACAGGGCUUAAUAACAAACACUUUGACACAUUCCUUACAUUUGCAAACACCAGAAAAAGACAAGCCUUUCAUAUGUGCAGCAUUUCCUCUGAAUGUUAAUUUUCAAACCCUUAGCUGCAGUUUUACCCUUCUGGGAUUCCAUAUUGUUUACUUCCUUAUUGUGGUUAGAUCAUCUAUUUACAGUCUGAUAGUCUGAGACAGUUUGUGUGACUGAGGAAGCGGGAUGCUGAAGAAGUGAAUUUUUCAAUAUUGUAAAUCUGUUCCACACAAUAAAAAAUCGCUUACA